GCCCGCGUCGCUCUUUUCCGCGCGUGCGCACUGCAAGGGGGCAAAGGAUCUUUUGAUGUUGAGCCGCGCGGUUCGCCGGGGGUCGCGUCCUUUGGGGUUUCGUGGUUCAAGCCAAGCGGGGAAAUCGUCUCGUGCCAUGGAUCUGACGCACCUUCGGAAAGACUACAGGGGGGACGAUGAGGCCUUUGAGGAGAAACAUCUGACCUCCCUCAACCCAAUUAAGCAGUUCUCUGUAUGGUUUGAAGAAGCUAUGAAGUGCCCAUCUAUUGGGGAAGUCAACGCCAUGUGCUUAGCCACCUGUACUAGAGAUGGACGGCCUUCUGCUCGGAUGCUGCUUUUGAAGGGGUUUAGCCAGGAAGGCUUUCGCUUCUUCACUAACCAUGAGAGCCGGAAAGGAAGAGAGCUGGAUUCAAACCCAUUUGCUUCAAUGGUCUUCUACUGGGAGCCCCUCAAUCGCCAGGUACGGAUUGAGGGCCCUGUAGAGAAGCUUUCUGAGGAGGAAUCGGAGAAGUACUUCUACACGCGUCCAAAGAGCAGCCAGAUCGGGGCUGUAGUGAGUCGUCAAAGCACGGUGAUUGCGGACAGAGAGUAUUUAAGGAAGAAAAAUGCAGAGCUGGAAGAGGUGUACCGAGAGGCUAAGGUGCCUAAGCCAGCAUAUUGGGGAGGCUACAUCUUGAAACCAAAAGUCAUAGAGUUCUGGCAGGGCCAGACAAACCGUUUGCAUGACCGCAUUGUUUUCCGGUACCUCCAAGACAGCAGUGCACCCUUGAAACCUAUGACCCACAGAGGAGAGGACAACUGGAUCUACGAGAGGCUGUCUCCUUGAGAAGCUUUUAGAGUUCACCCUCUCUCUUUUUUAAGUGCCAAAUUCUUUGUUUCCCCACUUUCUUCUCAGACAGAGCACCCAAAGAACCGCUGGACAAAGUCAUAGACUGGGGAGACCUGGAAUUGAAAUCCUUGCAGUGCUGUUCAAUCAGCCGCUAACUCUCAGCCUAGCCUACCUUACAAGGUACUGGUGAGGAUAAAGUGGUGGUAAUCUCUGUGUAAACCAUUGGAAGAAAGGCAGGUUGAAGCAGCCUAAACAUUCUUGCGGAGAAGGGCAGUGCAAACUUGUAGCAUGGGCUUCCUCCUACACAGAAAGCACAAUCCUGACCGUUCUGUUUUAAUUUUGAAAUUGUUCUUUUUUAUUUUGGGGCCCGCUAGCAGCACUGGUUCCUACA